AUGAGAUGCAAUGCAUGCUGGCGAGAAGUAGAAGGGCGGGCCAUUGCCACAACAUGUGGUCACCUACUGUGCACAGAAGAUGCCAAUAAGAUAUUAAGCAAUGAUGGAGCAUGCCCUGUUUGUGAUCAAGUUCUUUCAAAAAGUCUCAUGAAACCUGUGGAUGUAAAUCCCAAUGAUGAAUGGGUUAAUAUGGCCAUGGCGGGAGUGUCUCCACAGAUGUUAAUGAAGAGUGCGCAUAAAAGUGUGAUGUUCUACAUUGGGCAAAAAGAACUGGAGAUGCAGUGUAAGAUGAACAAGGUUGUUAGUCAAUGGCAGCAGAAAUGUGAGAUGAUGCAAGAAAAGGUUACAGAAAGAAUAGAGCAGUUGCAUACUGCUUACCAAAAGAUGGCCAAGAGGUGCCAGAUGAUGCAACAGGAAAUUGAGAGCUUAACCAAGGACAAUCAAGAACUUCAGGAAAAAUUUGCUGAAAAAUCUAGGCAAAAGAGAAAACUAGAUGAAAUGUAUGACCAGCUGAGAAAUGAGUUUGACUCAGUGAAACGGUCUGCCAUACAACCUGCUAGCAACUUUUAUUCCAGAAAUGAGCGUGAUUUGUUCUCUGACCCGCCUAACAUAUUGGAAGAAAGAGAAACUGGUCGAAAAGGUCUGCCGGUAUUCACUCCUCCCACUCCAGGACCAAAGGAGGAUCUAUGGUCAGCCAGGCAGAAUAGCAAUAACUCUGGGGAUGCUGGGAUUGGGAUCAGAAGGGCUCACCCUGUUUUUGGACCUGGAGCUACUAGCAACCCAUCAAUGAACUUGCGGAAUCUCAUACUGUCUCCAAUAAAGAGGCCUCAGCUCUCACGUAAACGCAGCAACCUGUUCACAUUGUAG